GCAGGAAGAGUGAAGAUGGCCUCCCAAGUGUGUCAGAACUACCACAAGGACUGUGAGGAUGCUGUUAACAAACAGAUCAACCUGGAGUUCUAUUCCUCCUAUGUUUACCUCUCCAUGUCCUCUUACUUUGACUGGGAUGAUGUUGCCCUGCGUCACUUUGCUGAGUUCUUCAAGGAGCAGUCCCAUGAGGAACGGGAACACGCUGAGAAACUGAUGGAAUUCCAGAAUAAACGUGGAGGCAGAGUCCUCCUACAGGAUGUCAAGAAGCCAGAGCAGGAUGAGUGGGGCAAUGGUCUGGAGGCAAUGCAGAGAGCUCUGCAGAUGGAGAAGGAUGUGAACCAGAGUCUGCUGGAUCUGCACAAACUCUCCUCUGGCCACACGGACCCUCAUCUGUGUGACUUCCUGGAGAGGCACUACUUGGAUGAGCAAGUGAAGAUGAUCAAGAAGCUGGGAGAUCACAUCACCAACCUGAAGAGACUGGGAGCCCCUGAGAAUGGCCUGGGAGAGUACCUGUUUGACAGACUCACCCUGAGCUGAGUGGGAUUCAAGAAUUCCAUUUGUUGGUCAUGGUGACUUCAUUCUAGUGGAUGACUUUGGUUGUGCUCUGCACAAAAUUAAAAUAGUGUUCACCAUGGAACUGUGACUAUUUAGUUUCAUUUGGUUCUUGGGUUUUUGAUAUUGAACAUCUGAUAAUUUAAAUCCUUUUCUCUCAACCUUGUUUCGAUGAUUAUCCCAGUAAUUUGCUCAGUUUUUAUUCUGGUCUGUGGAGAGACUUUUGGAAUAAGUGAGCAACUCUCAUAAUUGGAAAGCAGUUGUGGAAUUGAAGGUUUUUUGGCUUGUAAGCAGUGCUCACUAUCUAUCUGCCUGUGCUCACUAGAACAAGUUUGCAGCAAUAGACUCUAGUCAAUAGUUACAAGUCUGAAUGAUUUACACAACUGGUGUACUCUGAGCAAUGCUUAGAGGCUUUUGAAAAUUGAAGCAAAAAACAUAUUUGGCUGCUGGAAAUCAGGAAGAAACACAGUUUGGAAAACUUUGGGUUUAGCAGCAUCUGUGGAGUGAAGUCAGUUCAGUCACUGGACCUGAAAUAUUAAUUACUCAUGUAACUGAUUAUUGUCACUCUAGUAUUUUCCAGCAAUUAGUUUUAAUGCUUAGAUUCUGAUUUAGUGGAAUAUCUACAAUGACCCCCUUACAAGAACAUAAGUUGAAUAUCUUGCUCAAAGGUAAACUACUGUUUUGUUCUUGGAUAGGUGAUACUUGAUUGCUAUAUGGUGGUUUCCAAGUUCCAGGCUGGAGAAUGAAGAUUCAGCUUUUGAUUGGCAUCAGUGUCUCUAGUCUAAUUGGCUAAUAACUAUCUUCUAACUGAGGAAAUGCAACAGUGCCUACCUUCUCCCGUGUGAGACAAUUGUAACAAUUCCUUUCUUGACAGCGCUGGAUUGCUAGAGCAGUAAAUACUGAGGGUAGCUGGUGCAAAGAAAGCUAUAGGACCCAAGUAGCAUUUGCAGUAAUUUGUUCCAAAUGGUUUUUCCUUUUUAAUUUACAUGAAAUCAGCUCUCUAAUGUAUAGGCUGUGCUGAGUGUGGAGUCUUAGUUCAAGGGAAAUCUAAUGGGUGAUGAAUGCUGCUCUUGCUUGGGAUGCUCUGCCCACAAUAAGUAGGGCACAGAAACUUGGUCAAUGACUGCUCAGCCAUCUUAAGGCUGUACUGUUCAUCUUUCUCAGCUUGAACUGAGAUUAAUGGGGCAGGUGCUUGUCUGUGGAGGGGAAGAAAAGACAUUUCCCAUCUAAAAUGUUAUUCUGAGACAUCAGUACAACACAAAUGUCAGCUUUGAUACUUACCACCUUUUUUUCCCAUAAUUUUGUGAUUGAAAAUGCACAUGUGCUUUGAGUUUGCACACAGUGAGGUCAAAUGUUCUUGUCCAAUCUUCCCAGUGUGCAAAUUCAGAUAGUCCAUUUUACAGGCUUGACUAGGCUCUAAAGGUUGAUAUUGGACGUGCUGCUCCAAGUGACAAGGCUAUUUAUGGAUUUGGUUAUGUUCAGAGGUGGUGUUUCCCAGCCUGCAGCUUGAGUUGUGCUGCUCCUUUUUAAUUUGGAGGAUGGACAUUAUCAGUGUCAGUUUGUGAAAA